UUUUCCGCGUCUCCUUUCUCCACUUUCUCUCUCAGAAAAACCCUAGAAAUAUCGAUCUGAAAAUUUUAAGGGAAAGCAGUAAAAUCAUCACAGCUAGCGAAAUUUGGUGUAAAUCUUUUGCGCGCGCGCGCGCACACACACACAAAUAUAUAUAUAUAUAUAUAAUUUAUAUAUAUAUUUAUGCAGUUUAUUUCUCUAUCAUCACCGCCAGUUUUCACCAGAACCGCCACGAUGAUGACACAAUCAUCGACUCGUUGCAUUCAGAGGAAUCUUCUCCUCCGAGCUUGAUCACCACCUGCAUGCGCAAUUCGCAUCAUCGUGAUCUUUGUCACCACCGCCUCGAUCGUCGCCGGAGAAUCUAUGUGCUUGAAAUUAGGGUUUCGUUGAUGCAUGAUAUAAAUAAAUGCCUCUGGGAGGGGAUCUGGGUUUUUCGUACCUGGUCCUAGUGGCGGCCUUGGUGGCUCCAGCGGUGAUUGCAUUCGUGGUCCGCCGAAAAUGGCGGGCUUCGGUGGCCAGGACUGAGGAGAUCAAGAGGCUUUUGGUCUUGGCUUCGGAGGAGACAGCUAGGGCUGAGCUUGAGGCCUCUACCUAUGUCACUUCACCGGCGUUGAUUCCUCCGCCUUUACCGUAUCGCUGCGCCGUGUGUUAUUCCCCCACCACAACUCGCUGUUCUCGGUGCAAAGCCGUUCGAUACUGCUCUGGUAAGUGUCAAAUUAUUCAUUGGAGACAAGGCCACCAGGCAGAAUGCCGUUCUAUUACUACUACUUACCCGAUCAAUGACCUGGGUGGUGGUGCCAGUCAAAAGGUGUUGAAGCAAGAAGAAGAGGAGAUUUAUGGCAACAGCUUUGAGACUGAGGAAAGGCAGUAUGCUGAAUCAGUUAAAAAUUUACCUGAGGAACCUGCAUUUUCUAAAUCAAAUGGCUCUGUUGAUAGUUUUUGUGGUAGUGAUGACAGUGAAGUUAAGUGCGCUGCUAAUGGGAAAGAGAAAAAUUCUAGUUCACGUGAAACCAAGAGAUCAGUUGGACAUCAGUCUGCUAAUGUUUUCCCUGAUAAGCUUGAGACCAAUUGUGUUGACAUGGAUCAAAAUGGGCCACCAUCUUCAAAGCACAACACUUCUGUGGGUUCUGUAGAUCGUCUUACUAGUUCAGGUAAGUUAAACAAGACCAAACCCAAUGGUAGAAAUCAUGAUAUUCAGUAUGAAUCAACAAGCACUUCAGGCUGGAGUGCUGAUGGCACCAAUGACUCUUCAUUUUCUGAGCCUUCUACCCCAUCUUCUGGUUUUUGGGAAGGAACUAUCAAAUCUAGUAGGCCCAAAAUUGAUACCCUUGACGUUUCUGCUCAGUCCAGUUCCAGUGGGGCUGGUGAUGGCAACAUACACAAUUCUCCAUCAUCUCUAAGUUCUUCCUUCAACUUUGAUAAUAGGAAUUCUGUUCCUUCUGCAGAUGUACAAGGUUCUGAUACCACAACAGUCAUAUCAGAUGGUGCUCAUUCAACUACUUCAGGGAUCAAGAAACCUAUCGAUAGGGCUGUUCUGUCAGAAGAAAUUGGUGAAGAUGUUUCAAAGGGCAGGAGUUCACCAUUAUUAUCAAGCCCUGAAAAGUCUAAUCACAUGGAUGUUCACACUAGCAGUGAUUCACUUGUAUCGAAGUCCAGAGAACCUAGAUAUACCUCGUCUAGUGCUUAUGCUUAUCCAACUUCAAGUGCUGGAGGGCCUUCAGUUAGUACACAUGCUUCAAAGGUCAGUAGCAUCCGGUCUGUGAGCCCUAAAAGGUCAAAUCAUGUGAGUAAUGGCAGUAGCACUACUCCUCGUUCAUUGGAAUCUAAAGAAAGUGGACCUUUAUCGUCUACCACAAGAAGGCAUUCACUUCAGGGUGCAAAAUCUGGAAAGGAUGAUAGUGCUCAUGCAGUUUCUGUUAGUUCUUCUGAGAGUACAAGUUAUUCACCAAAUGCUAUUAAUGGCUUGAAAACAUCAAUGCUGAAAGUUGUUGGCCAGCUCAGAGCCUCUAAAUCUUCGCGACAGUCUCAGUCAGAGGUUGGGAGUGAGAUUGCUGGAAGAUAUGAUAACAAGGGUCUGUUUUCAUACGAACUUUUUGUCAAGCUUUACAACUGGAACAAGAUUGAACUGUGGCCAUGCGGCCUGAUAAAUUGUGGGAACAGCUGUUAUGCUAAUGCCGUGCUCCAGUGCCUGGCAUGUACGCCACCUCUGACUGCUUAUCUUCUCCAAGGACUUCAUUCUAAAGCAUGUGAGACAAAAGGAUGGUGCUUCACCUGUGAAUUUGAAAGAUUAAUUCUGAAGGCAAAGGAAGGAAUUUCUCCACUGUCUCCAAUUGGGAUACUAUCUCAGAUUCAAAGCAAUGGAAGUCAUCUUGGUAAUGGGAGACAGGAAGAUGCGCAUGAAUUUCUAAGGUACGCUAUAGAUACGAUGCAAUCUGUUUGCCUCAAGGAAGCUGGAGUGAAUGCAUCAGGGUCUUUAGAAGAAGAAACAACUCUAAUAGGCCUUACAUUUGGGGGCUAUCUUCGGUCAAAGAUAAAGUGCAUGAAGUGUGGAGGCAAAUCUGAGCGGCAUGAAAGGAUGAUGGAUCUCACUGUUGAAAUAGGAGGAAAUAUAGGAACUCUAGAGGAGGCUCUGCGACAGUUUACGGGCACUGAGAUUCUGGAUGGUGAAAACAAGUAUCAGUGCAGCAGAUGCAGAUCCUAUGAGAGAGCCAAAAAGAAGUUGACAGUACUGGAGGCUCCUAAUAUUCUUACUAUAGCAUUAAAGCGGUUUCAGUCGGGUAAAUUUGGAAAGCUUAAUAAGUCAAUUCAAUUCCCGGAGAUUCUGGACCUGGCCCCAUAUAUGAGCGGGACGAGUGACAAAUCGCCUGUAUACAGGCUUUAUGGAGUGGUGGUUCACCUGGAUAUCAUGAAUGCUACAUUUUCCGGUCAUUAUGUGUGUUAUGUGAAGAAUGUCCAGAACAAAUGGUUCAAGAUCGAUGACAGUACAGUAAGGGCUGUGGAACUUGAUAGUGUCUUGACAGAAGGGGCAUACAUGCUCCUAUAUGCUAGAUGCUCUCCCCGGGCCCCAAGAUUGUUAAGGAGCUCAAUUAUACAGCGUGAUCCCAGAAAAAUAGAGAGUCCUACAGUUAAUCAUUGGAAUGUUUCUAGGGUUGUUCCUGUAAAUGGUCAGACCCGUAUUGAAUGCUUAUAUCCGAAUCACGCAAGUUUUCAGCCAGCCCGGACGAUUUUUGAAGAGGAUAAUUCAAGUGACAAUUCUUCCUCCAUCUUCUCCGAGGUGUGUUCAUGCAGUACCGACAGCAGUAACAGGGACACUUCUAGCACUGAUGACCACUUUGAUCCCCUUUUUGGUGACCUGGGUCACAACUGGAAUAGCCUGUGGAGGCACCCGUUAGAUUCAGACUCAUCAACUUCAUCAUCCUCUUCCUCACCUUCCCCAUUGUACUCCAGGCAUUCACCACUUGCUGAUUCUGACCGUUAUUCUUCAGGAUAUCCCGAGACCAGUGGCUUUCAAAAUCAGAAUGGGGAAUCAGACGACCAUGGGUUUUGGGGAAGAAUACCCAGUGGGAGCUUAAACCAAGAAGAUGAGGCAAGUAAUGUUCCCUUUUUGUACUGUGAUAGAAGCAGUCUGUGUAGAAAGUUAGUUAGUACUAGUUGUAGGGAGACUGACUUGGACAGAUUACGAUGGGCUAACCCUUCGGCUUACAAGAAAUCUGAUGUGUGUUUUAGAAGAUCAAUGAGUGAAAGAACAGAUUAAAAAGCGUUUUUCUUAUUGUAAAGAUAUUGAGUUAGAGAGAGGAGGUGGGAAUAAGAAGAGUUUAGGAAUGAGGGGAGGGGUGAGAGAGAGAGGCUUGUAUGUAUUGUACUCUUGUUUUGGGGAGGGGUUAGAGAGAGAGGCUUGUACGUAUUGUACUCUUUUGUUUUGGGCUUUGUCUAGAAGAUUGGCCAUUAUUUUGUCACUCUCUCUUCCCUUUAUAUAUAAAGCAUCCAUUUUCUUA